AUGACGACCGACGCGCCGGGCUCGGAGUCGCUGCCGCGCGUCAAGGCGAAGCACGUGUUCCUGCUCUUCGCGCUCUUCGCUUUCGUCAACACCAGCCUACGCAGGGUCUUCUCCCCCAAGGAUGGCUUGGCCGACAGCAUCAGCCUGCCCGACGGCUCUUCCAGCGACGGCAUCGAGCGCGACCACGCGUUCGCGGCGAUGAUGCUGUUCGGAGCCGCGUUCAUGUUCAACAUGAACGCGGCGAUGUGGUCGCUGCACGUCACGAAGACGUCGCUUAACCUGCAGGUGGCGUACAUCAGCGCGGUCGCGGCGUGGACCCACUACGAGAUGUGGCUCGGUAAGGAUUGGUACGUCUCCUACAUGGGAUCGCGGUUCAUGGGGGGCAACGCGGUGGCCUUCUCCGGGUUGAGGCAGCUCGAGUGGUGCUUCACGACGCCGAUCCUGCUGACGAUCGUCCAGAACAUCCACGCGUACGCGUUCGCCGCGGCGGGCACGAGCGACAAGGGCAAGCGAAAUCCCGCGACGUACCAACCGGUUAACCGAGCCGUGCUCAUCGCCGCGGACGAGUGCAUGCUGCUCUGCGGCUUGGUGCUCCCCUUGGCGUCGGGCGUCGAGCGCGCCGUCUUUCUCACCGCGGCCGUCGCGUGCUUCGUCUUCAUCAUCUAUCACAGCGUCCACGCGCUGCUCGACGUGAUGACCUUCAGCGAGUUGUCCCACAUGGACAGCGCGAGGCUCACCGCCAUCGUCGCGCUGAAGGUUAUCGCGUGGAGCGGGUACCCCAUCACCUACUUUGCCACAGAGUUUGGAUACAUCGACUGCAAAACCCAGCACGACUGGUACCUGUACAACGACGUCAUCACCAAGUUUUCGUACACCUUGAUCAUCUCCGCCGGGUCCCUGCGGUUCAUCGAGGUGCUGGAGGAGAGGCGCAAGGCGUUUGCGAUUCAGAUGUCGCGCGUGCAGCGAGCGUUCUUCUUCAACAUCACGCACGAGCUUCGAACCCCGCUCAACUCCAUCAUCGGCUUCAACACCCUCGCCAUGGAGUCCGGCGAGCUCACCGAGUUCACCGAGUCGUUCAUCAAGGCCUCGCUCACCAGCGCCGAAGCGCUGUUGGGUCUCAUCAACCAGAUUCUCGAUUUCGCCAAGUUUGAGGGCGCCAAGGACAAGUCCGGCGGAAGCAACGCCACCAUAGAGCUCUCCGACGACGUGUUCACCCUCCGACAACUCGUCGAGCAGGUGAUGGACAUCUCGCAGAAGGCGUCGAGCAGGGGCGUGGACCUCAUCUUCUCCAUCACGUCUCCCGAGCACUUCAACACCAAGCUCGUGGGUGACUUUUUCCGUCUCAGGCAGUGCUGCGUCAACCUGGUGGACAACGCCAUCAAGUACAGUUCGAACGUGAACGGCAGGACCGCGCUGGUGGAGUUCUCCAUGGGCAUCGCCCCGGGCGCCAAACCCGACAGCCUCGCCAUCACGUUCGCCGUGGAGGAUAACGGCGUGGGCAUCAAGCUCGAGAAGCAGCACACCCUCUUUGUCCCGUUUUGCCAACCCGCGGAUCACAAGACGGCGAAGGAGAAGGGAACCGGCCUCGGGUUGGUCAUCACCAAGGCCAUCAUCGAGUGCAUGGGAGGGGACAUCGACUUCGAGUCCGUGGAGGGCACGGGGACCAAGUUUUUCUUCACCCUGGACUUUGAGCGAGCCAGGGAGGCGAGCAUCGACGGCGGCGACGACGCGGAUUUCGUCGAGGAUGCCGCGCAGCUCGAAGCCCUGCCUCCCAAGGCCAGGGUGGUGUUCCACCCGGCGAUGAACGAGAGCACGCGUAAGCACGUCACCUGCAUCAUGAAGUGCUUCGGGGCGAAACCCGGCGUCAACUACGUCACCGUGCCGGGCGAGGAUACGCUCAAGGAUAAGAUACGACAGGCUUCGCUGCUGGGCGUCCCGGUGGUGUUGACGGACGUCAUCAACCUCAACUCGAGCCUCGAUUUCAUCAAGGCGACCCCGCGGGCGGGGAUCAUCAUCUUCGGACUGCCGUACCAGCUCAUGGAACUGCACAAGAACAUUUCGGACAUGCGGAACGUCCAGACGGUGCUCAAGCCGGUUAAGCCCUCCGAUUUGUUGAAGGCUAUCGCCAAGCUCACGCAUCAGGGCGCCACCAGGGAGAUUGACUUCCUCAACGACACAACCGACUCUGAGGAUGGCGCGGUGCAGAAACGACUGGAGCACGCGGAGAUCAAGGCUGCGGAGAACGCGCUGAUCAAGGUGGAACCGCCUGAUGUGGCGGAAGGUACCGGGGAGCUCAAGGGGAUGACGGUGCUUCUCGUGGAGGACAACAUCAUGAACCAGCAGAUGGCCAAGUUUUCCAUCCUCAAGUGCGGCGCGGACCUGGAGAUCGCCAUGCACGGGCAGGAGGCUGUGGACAUGGUGACGGCGAGGUUCGAUCAGGGUAAACCCGGGUACGACUGCAUCCUGAUGGACAUGAUGAUGCCCAUCAUGGACGGAGCCACGGCGACGACGGAGAUUCGCGCGUUGGAACAGAGGAGGAGGCUGACGCCGCAGACCAUCGUGGGACUGAGCGCAAACGUGGGACCCGAGUACACCGCUCGGGUCAAGGCGGCUGGCAUGGACGGCAGCAUGUCCAAGCCCUUCUACCCGGCCACGCUGCGAAACACGCUGCUGAACGUCAAGAAGGGCACGUACGUCGGGUUCGGGUCCAGCCGCCUGAGCAUCGACCGCAUCCACACGACCAUCGAGGAGAAGCCGGGCAACUGAAUUUUCACGUCGCACGAUGAUUUGGGGUUGACUGAUACCUUCGUGGGAUAUCACAAUACUGAUUGUCAAUACGUAUUAUUUACAUAAUAUCGCUU